UCUGCAUCCAUGAAUUUCCACUGAUAUUACGCUACUUUAAUUUGUUGCAAUUUUAGUAGACUCGGCGGAGCGGUACAGCUCCUCCGUGCUGUAAGUUCAGUUUAAUAAUAGACUGAAAAAGAAAUUAUUUGCCGAUGCAAUCACAAAUGAAAUGCUACGAAGGGAGUCGAACUUUGGACCGAAAGUCUUGUACACUCUGAAAAUUGGCUUUGGUGAAUUGCCCUAGAAUUCUGAAAGCUCAGACCCGGACUGGUUACAUUUUGUUCACCUCUUGGCUGGUUGUUGGUUUCGAUCAUGUGACGUAACUUUGCUCCAAUCGGGAAGGGCAGUGCCUGGGAGACUCCACUAAUGAGCUAGGAGAUCACAUUCAAAACAGACAGUGGCAUUGGUAAAGGAAAGGACAUCGCUUGGAAGGAAUCUCACGCUGCACGGACAUCUGCGCCUCAUGUAGAGGGCAGCUGCAGCGGUACAAGUCGGUGGUCUGACAGCAGCACUGGGUCGUCCUCGUUGCUUGGGUAGCAGCUGUGUAAAGGGCAGUAGCGUGACGGCCGGAACUGUGCAGGGAGAGCUGACGGGGUGGGCAUCUAUUGUUGCACUGCUGCAUGCAGCUCUGGCACUUGUUCCUCACAGAGAGGGACCCAACGGAUGGCCAAGUGCGCCGAAAUUUAGUAUUCACAGCGCUCACACAUCGAGACUGAGGAAAUGCAACUUGGAGCUCAACAAACGAGCUGGUAGCUUUUCCCUUGCUUCUGAUUUCUUCUUUUCACUGUAAUUGUGCCGCCUUGCAGCUUGCCAACGAAUGCAACUAAAAAUGCCCGUGAGGAACAGGUACAACUUGGUGGACGAUGGCUGCGACUCCCGGGUGCCGUUGCACAAUGAAGACGCUUUUCAGCACGGAAUACAUUUCCAGGCAAAGUAUGUUGGGAGUUUGGAUGUACCAAGGCCAAAUAGCCGUGUGGAGAUUGUAGCUGCUAUGAGAAGGAUCAGAUAUGAAUUUAAGGCUAAGAACAUCAAGAAAAAGAAAGUAAAUAUACUGGUGUCUGUAGAUGGCGUGAAAGUAAUACUCAGGAAGAAACAAAAGAGAAAAGAAUGGACUUGGGAUGAAAGCAAGAUGUUACUAAUGCAUGACCCUGUUUAUCGAAUCUUCUACGUAUCACAUGAUUCACAAGACUUAAAGAUCUUCAGUUAUAUUGCCAGGGAUGGUACCAGUAAUACAUUUCGGUGUAAUGUGUUCAAAUCUAAAAAGAAGAGCCAAGCCAUGAGGAUAGUGCGCACAGUGGGACAGGCGUUUGAGGUGUGUCACAAGCUGAGCCUGCAGCAUGCUCAGCAGAACGCUGACGGACAAGCAGAUGGAGCGAGUGACAAGUCGAUUGAAGAACAGCUGCCUGAAGGUCGACAGUUGACAGGAGCUGAAAAAGAUGAUGAAAGUGGUGAUAUAGGUUUUUGUGCAAACAGACAAGGAAUACUGCAACAUGAAGCUGUUAACUUACAAGCCACUGUCUCCAAAGUAGACAAGAAGACAUCUCCACUCCUGAAGGAGAGGACCUAUCAGGAUAUUGAGAACUGUUCAGACUAUACAGCUGUAUCCCAGCAACUGUACACUCCCAGCAGCCCUUGCUCUUCUUCCCUGACCCCACUUGCUGCACAGCACCACAUGCAACUCCUCCAGCAACAGCUACUACAGCAGCAGCAGCAGACGCAGAUCGCAGUAGCCCAGCUAUUAAGCCAUCACAACAUAGUUCGGUAUCUGCUAAGUCGCUGACACUGAACCUGACAAAUCGCUACAGUGUAGCAGCAAGUCUUCCAUCCACAUCUACACCAGCAGAUUCAGCUUCCAGCCCCUCGGCAUCACAACUCUGUGGGACAUUACAGAGUAGUGAAUCUUACUUGAACUUCGUUAACAUGGACAAGAGAAGUGGAUGCCCAAAUCUAAAUGGAGAAGAGCGUUUAAAAGAAAAAGACAGACUCAAUAGAAGUGUUGAAGGUUCUGAAUCCAAGGAUAAGAUCAAAGCUGAUGGACCUGGUUUAAAGAAGAGAGACUGUAUGAGUCACAGUCUAGAAAAUGAAAGGUUCCAGCAAUCCAUUCCAAAGUUGAAUCCACCACCACCUGUGAAUAGGAAAAGGUCCACCAGAAUGUUAUCACCGAGUUUUAAGGAGAUGGAAUCCAGGUCUGUGGAGCAUAUGGUUAACAUUAGCCUGUUUAAUCACAACAGCACUAGCUUUACCAACAUUACUUCCUGUACCUUGUCUGUGUCUGAAUUUGAAUCUGGCACUGAAAGUCCUGAAGAGAAAAAGUCUUCCUUUCCUGCUUGUGAGAGCAUAGAACUUUAUUCUGCAGAGAAAUCUGCUUUUACUGCAUCUAGUGAAGAUACAUCUGAACUAAAUGCAACCUUCUACUCAGUAGGUGGCAGCUUUGAUAAUUUAACUGUAGCUUCAACUACUAAAGAAGCUGGGAAUGGUGACUCUGACCAUAUCCCGCCUGCCACUGAAUGCACUCUGCCAUUUUCUUCUGUAGCCAAUGAAACAUGCCUACACAUCAGCUUUUCUGAGGAUGAGUUGCUGGACAAUGAGUCUGAAGAUUCUAGAACAUCCAAGCAGAAACAUUUUAGCCUGACUAAUCAAGACAAAAAUGAAAAAUAAACAAAAUAAUAACAAUUAUGUUUUCUUGGACAAUUGUAUGAAUGAACAAGUUUGUCAGGCAGUUUAUAUCAGUUAUAUAUCUCAUUCACUCAGCAUUUAACAAACUAUAAUUUUAGAUUUGUUGAAAAGCUAGUUACAUUUCUGUAAGUAACUUAAUUUGUUUAAAUAUCAAGUUAAUCUCACAUUUUAUUAGUGAGGCGAAUGUAAGUUAUGACACUGUGAAAUAUGGACUCGGCAGGCAUUCCAUUCUUAGACAUACAAGUCCUGUGUGACACAGAAAGAUAAGAAACAACAUUUAAAGACAAACUGAUAAGUUUCUUUGAUAUUAAUCAUCUCUUUGAUGCAGCAAACACGACUAAAGUGAAAGCGCUGCUCUUGGGACAGACUAAAACAAUUUCUUUUUUUUUUUUUAUGCAUUAUAGUCUGUGUCAAAACUGAAGUUAUUUCAGUAGUGGGUAAGAUUUAGGUAGUAAAAUGAAAUUACUGUCUUAAAUGCUUUGUGAAAUGACUAAUCUUAAAUGUGACUGUUUUCUACAGCAUACAACAUGGUGUGUCACUUCCAGUGUUUACAGGUCUAUCUGUGGACACAUCGAGUCUCUGUGACCUUGAGUGAGAGAGAGUACUGUUGUAUCAAUACUAUGACCAGUUUCAUAACUAAUGCAUUAGUGAAGUAAAUGUCCCUGAAUUGUUCAUCCAUGAGUGGUUAACACCAGGACAGAAGCUGAUUUUAAGGAUAUAUCACCUCAAAGAAAGGUCAUUAUAGAUGAGGCCAGGUACUUUUAGAUGGCCUGAACUAAUACUAUGCCAGGUUGUAUAGCUCCGAGGCAAGUAAAACUAGAGUAGGUGUUGUUACUGCUCUCUAACUUGGAGCACUUCAAAAUGAUGUGAAACCACUAAGUGAACUGCUUAUGCUGUUGUAGACAAUGGGACUUCUGAUUCUCAGGAUGGCUCAUAAUAUGCAUGACAAAGUCCCCUGUUUAUACAUGUAUCAGGUGCUGUGAACAUUACCAGUCCUCCCUCAGCUGUUUGUGCUGCAAAAUUAAAAACAGCUGUUUUCAUGUCACUGGGGAAAAAAUCCAUCAGACUGAGCAUAUAAUGCAAGCAUUAGUGAAAGAAUGCAAUAUGUGAGCCAAAAAUAACAUAACAUAAAAAUAAUCAGUUUUGUUUUAGGGAUUUUUUACAGAUGAUAUUGAAUAACAGUUUAUAUAACACAUAUAGUUUUAAAGAGAAUGUCUAACUAAAAGUGGGUGGCAUUACAAUGCAGUUAUAUAAAAAAAAUCUAUAUUUGGACAAUAACAGAACACACAGCAGUCUGUCAAGGUAUUGCAAACUACCAUCUUAGAAAAGUGUCUGCCAAGGAAAGCAGGACAAUAUGCAGGCUUGAAGAGCUAAUGCUAUAAAAGAAGGAUGACAUGUGCCCCAUUUACAGUUAAUUUUGAGAGUUUUCUGAAUGCUAUAUAUGGUUAUUGGUAUGUAAUGUUGAAUAGCAGGAAGCAAUGGAGGUCCAUGACUGGAUACAGAAACUGAGUUUAGCAAGUAGAGCAGGUGGAAAACAUUAACAGGUUGGUGGAUACUUGUAUCCUUAAAUGGAGUAAUGGGUUGGUUGAACUACAAAGGAAGAAUAAACAAGGUGAUGAGAUGUACUCUGAAAAGAGCGUGGCUUUUUUCUUAAGGUUAAGAAUUAGAGAAGUGGUAGAAAUAAGGAGAAGAAAAUGGGGCUGUGGGUAAUGUUAUGGAGAAGAAAAUGGGGCUGUGGGUAAUGUUAAGGAGAAGAAAAUGAGGCUGUGGGUAAUGUUAUGGAGAAGCGGCGUUCAAAAGGGAAUUAACUGUUGCAAUGGGAACACUAGUACGCAAAUGUCAACAUUCCUGUAGGCCUUGGCACAUUAUAGGCUUUACUGCCCAUCACUGAGCGAUUCCGAUGAACUGAGACAAUCAUUAGCUUCGUCAAUGGAGCAACCAAAACAAUAUGUAUGGAUUAUAUUUAUUAGAUUUGUUUUAUUUUAUUACUUCAGACUGGUGACUGUUACUAACCUUAAGAAUCAUGAUUUCUAUUCCCUGCAGCUAAAUUAGUUUUUGUUUACUGAAGGAAAAUGUUUUCUAGACUGCUUAACAAAAGGGGCACUCUGAAGUUUGCAUUGCUCUCAGUGGAGAACCUUAAAAUCAUGUAUACUCGCUCAAACAAAAUUUAUUUCACAGAUAGUCUAUAAAAUGCAGCUCAUCUUUAACUAAGAUGGCAUACAAUUAAAAUGACCAACUGUUAGGAAAGAAUGCAAGUUUGUAGUAACUUGUCAUAAAAUGGGUGUUAUCCAGCUUGCAUUGUAUAUCAACUGAGGUCCAAAUUAUACUCCUGUCUGGCUGUAUAAUUCAGAGGGUUAGGUUAUAAGCUAGAUAAUGAACUUCACUCUUUAGGCCUAGGUUUGAUUCCCUCAGCCUCCACUUAGAUACUUUGCUACUGUGAAGUCUUUUUGUAUGACUGGUGCUUCAGGGUCACUUCUAUAAGAGGAACUGGCGACUAGAGUGUUUACUCAGCUUAAAUAGGCAAAAAUAAAUAAUGAUUUCAUGGUGAGAUCCAGUACAGUGCAAGAUACAACAGAUAGCUUUGACCUAAAAUUUAGUAGUUCAUACAUAAUGCUCAUGCUGAAUAAGUAUUUGCAUUUCAGUAUACUUUGAUCCUUUCACGACCCAACUUAAUAUUUUGCCUUGAAUGUAAAAUCAGUGUUUGAGAUAAUUUUUUUUGUAAUACAACCAAUGUACAUUGAACAUGAAAUAUGGCCUCAUUCUAUUUUCAGAUUUUAGUUUAUGGGAAAUACCUUUUGUAUGACUAUUUUAAUGUAUAUUAAUUUUUAAAGCAUUCUAUGUACAUUGUACUAUUUAGAUUGUUACAUAAAAUUGGUCACUUUCAAAUUUACCUAAUGUACUUGCUUUGAGGAUUGUAUGGUUUUGCUGUAUAAAUAUAGAAUGAAUUGUUAAUGAAUUUGAAAAGAAAUUGUUUUUCAUAGUCAUACAAGUUUUGUGUUUCACUGUAACUGAUAAAUGUGCUCAAAAUGUACAAGUUUCACUAAUUUUCACUGAUGGGGUAAACUAUCAAUGUGUCUGCAUUUCUUUGUCUUGUAUAAGUUUCAGGGUUAUUCACUGUUAGAAAAAAUUGUCAACACGUCUGUUUUUCUUUUCAUCUCUAUUUGUGUAUCCUACAUGUCUGUACAAACUGAAAUCUAUUAAGUUUUGUUCAUUGUAACUGGUACAUAUAUUCAGAAAAUGUACAAUAUUCAGUUAUUCACUGGUGAACAAACUUAUCAACAUGUUUGUUUUUCUUGUCUUUUGUCUUAAUGAACUUUGAAUUAUUAUACAAUAUAAUAUCACAAAUGAAAAUCUUUUGCAGAUUUUAUUUAAUUGCAACUGAUAUAUAUAUAUAUGUUUAGCAAAUGUACGAGUUUCACAGUUUUUUUUUCACUGCUAGAAGAAAGUAUUUUCAGGUCUUUUCACCCUUUUUGUCUUCAUGUACCCUUAUUUCUGUACAGUAUACAAUCACAAGCUAAAAUCUGUCACAGACCACAACUGUGUAAUGUGUAAUUCUUUUGCAUGAGGUUUGGCAGAGCAGUAUUUUCAGGCACUGCCAUAUUGUUUGCAUAUAACCUAAUCCUACUACAGUGUGUCUAACUAUGGAUUGUAUUGUAAAUGAGAGCAUGGGAUACAAAUGUCAUUAAUAUUGUGCUCUACAGGUUGUCCAUGUGGUGCAGAAAAUCAGGGCUACUUUUCAUGCACGUAAGGGGCUGUCUUAAGCCUUGUGCAUUCAAUGUCAUCGGGGAAAAGGGAGCCAGUAAAUGAAGAUGUGCGUGAAUAUAUUGGGUAUGGGCUGUGUUAAUAUGGUAAAAAGAGGGGAUAUGCAGCUUUAAAAAAAAAUCCAUCAGAUUAGUUUUAUAUCACACCAACAGUCAAAGGGAAGGCAGUAAGAUAUCCCAUGGAUGGUAGGACCUAACAACCCCCUUCCCCUUAAAUUUUCUGUAUUUAAUAAUUAUGUGAGGAAAGCCUGUGCUGAAAAUACAGUACAAUAGUUUGCUUAUUUUGUGGUUUAAAGUUUGACUUCCAUUUGAAAUGUUUUCUUAGAAGAACACUAUAUUUUGUGAAGAUUCUUUUAUUGACAGAGCCAUAUAUUCUGACAUUUGCCACUGGAAUUGUACAGUUUGUUGUACUGUAAAUAAGCAAAAUCAGUCUCCUAGAACAGGACUUACAACUCUUAAUUUUAGAAUAUAACAGCAUCUGUUUUCUAACUUUUACACACCACUUAUACAUUCUGUUUUUAUACUACGGACAAACUUACACACCACGUAUAUAUUCUGUUUUUAUACUACGAACAAACCUUUAAGGCAUUUUUAAAAUAUUGUGCUUUAUCCUUCUCCAACUCAGAGUGAAAGACAAAAUGCUAAAAUUGGAUUCUUGUUUUGCAUUCAUGUUAGAUGUUAUCAGUGUUUUAUACAGUGUAUGCAUAUCCUGCAUAGGCAGUUGAUAGUGAACUUGACUCUGGCCUGUUUUUUUUUUCUUCCUGAAUUCUUUGUGGAAAAUAACUUUCAACUCUCAUCUAACAUUUAAAACUGAUACAGGUUUUAGUAGGAAAAAUAAUCAGAAAGAUUAUUUUAGCAGUUAUUUAUAGGGUUUUAAAUGGCAAAAACUGCAGCUUUAAAUGCUCAGUUUCUCAAAUUUAGUUACAUAUAGCACUUUGUCAGACAUGUUGGUUAGGUAAAGUGAAGGCUGCCUGCCUUACGUUUGAUAAAGUCACCAAUAUCAAAGCUAGUUUGAUUACCCUCUCACUCUAAUAUUCACAGUGAGAUGUAAUUAGACUGAUUUUCAAUUUUAAAGUGUGCGUGUGUUUGUGUAACAAGCAUUGACUGUGGUUGAUCUUUAUGUACAGAAAACUGAAACAUAGAAUCCUUGAACUGUGGGUGUAUGUAACAUGUCUUCCUUUGUUUAGUAGAUUAAUGUAGCUGUAAAUCAGUAACAUGUACAAGAACAAUAAAAACAUUUUAACAAGUUG